GGGGCAGAGAAUGGCUAUUUUCAGUUGUUCCACUGUGAUCGAUGCAUUUCUGGCUGUAGUAUUCCUGGUUGGAUUGCUCUACCUUUACAUGACGGCAACCCACAAUCACUGGAAGAAAAAAGGCAUACCUUAUGUUAAGCCAUCAAUGAUUUUUGGAAAUCUGAAAGAGUAUUUUCUACGAGAAAAAGCCCUGAUACACAUUAUUCAAGAUAUUUAUAACAAUUUGGAUGGCCAAAGAUUUGGGGGUUAUUUUGAAGUAAGAUCACCAGUACUGAUGGUUAAAGACCCUGACUUAAUUGAGAGGAUCCUUGUAACAGACUUUUCUUGUUUUAGUGACAGAGAUAUUGAAGUAGAUUUGAAAAGAGAACCUUUAGCUUCAAACCUGUUUAGUCUAAAAGGAGAUAUUUGGAAAAACCUCCGGAAUAAAAUCACACCAACUUUCACAACCAGAAAAUUAAAGGACAUGUUUGAACAGAUAUGCAUUAGUGGUAACGAGCUAAUUGCUGAAAUAGAGAAGAGUGUUAGAAAAAAUGAAGCAGUCGAUGCCAAAAAAUUGGGUUCUUGCUUCAUGACUGAUGUUAUCGCCUCUUGCGCAUUUGGUUUACAACUUAAGGAUGACAGUUUGGAAGGAAAACAGUUCCGGGAUAUGAUUACAGAACUAAUGAAUCCUUCAUUCUUCAGAUUUAUUGAAGUCUCUCUAGCGGUAUUCUUUGAUCCACUUGCAAAGCUCUUGGGAUGUCGACGCAUUCCUGAUAAAGUGAAUGACUAUUUUAUAAAUCUGGUAAAGGAAACUAUGCAGUAUCGAGAGAAAAAUAACAUUCAAAGAAAUGACUUCUUACACAAUUUGAUAAAUUUAAAGAUGCAAGAAGAUGCAGGCCUAAAAGUUCACUGGAAACAAGGUUUGGAUAAAGAAGAUGCUUAUCUAAACCAAAUGGAUGACUCUGAAAAUAUAGGAACCAAAGUGAUGACAGACCAGUGUAUCGCAGCUCAGACCUUAGUGUUCCUGACAGCAGGGUCUGAAGCAAUGUCUGCUGUCAUUGCUUUCUUGUUUUUUGAGUUGGCUUACUCCUAUGAUGUGCAGAGACGACUUCAGGAAGAAGUUGAUACGGUGCUUACCAAGUAUGGAGGAAUACUAACCUAUGAUGGCAUCAAAGAAAUGACUUAUUUAGAUCUGGUAAUUAAAGAAAGAAAUCGCAAAUACCCUGAAAGUAUAUUUUUGAGGAGAGUUUGCAACGCACCCUACACAAUUCCAAAUACCGAUAUUGUGCUUGAAAAAGGUACCAAAAUUGUGAUCCCGAUACACGCUAUCCAACACGAUCCAACCUAUUACCCAGAUCCUGAUAAGUAUGACCCUGAGCGGUUCAAAGAUACAAAACAACGUGCUGGUACCUUCUUAACUUUUGGAGAUGGACCUAGAAUGUGUAUUGCUAUGAGGUUUGUCAUCCUGGAAAUCAAGGUUGCUGUUGCCAUGGUGAUGUCUCAAUAUUCCAUAGUGCUCAACUCAAAAACCCAGAUCCCUUUCCAGUAUGAUCCUAAAGCAUUCAAUGUUUAUCCUUCCGGUGGAAUUUGGGUAAACUUUGAGAAAAGAAAGUAAUAUAGUGUACAAAGCUAUUUAAAUGUGUUGUUAUAUUAAAGUUUCAUUGAUGGUUCUUUUUGAAUGGAUAAUUAAUUUAGUAACCUAAUAGAACUUAAUCAUGAUCAUGGUCUAUUUAUCUAUCUAUAUAUAGAUUUUAGUAAAG